AUGGAAUACAAUCCUGUUGCUGCUUCUGGCUCUCUGCAUCUCAUGGACACCCAGUUUGGGGAUCUGUCCUUAAUCUACUUCCCUUGUGAUGAUGAACGUGAACUCUUCAAACAGUCAUUAAUACUCAUUGGACAUCACCAAGUUCCCACUGGGGAGAAGCCUUUUAAGUGCAAGAUGUGCCACAAAUCAUUCUCGCAGUCACAGACCCUCCUCAAACACCAGUGUAUUCACAAGGGGGAGGAAUUGUUUACGUGUGAGGUGUGCCAUAAAUCAUUCUCAAGGUCAAUGAAUCUCCACAGACACCAACGCAUUCACACAGGGGAGAAACCAUUCACAUGCGAGGUGUGUGAGAAAUCGUUCUCUGACUCAUCGAACUUUCGUGUGCACCAACGUAUCCACACAGGGGAGAAACCAUUCACAUGUGAGGUGUGUGACAAAUCAUUCUCACAGUUAUCCAGCCUCCAGGUCCAUCAGGCAGUCCAUACGGGGGAGAAACCCUUCAAAUGUGAGGUCUGUGAUAAAGCUUAUGCCACAUCGACCAGGCUUCUGAUGCACCAGAGUAUUCACACAGGGGAGAAACCCUUCAAGUGUGAGGUCUGUGAGAUGUCUUUCAUUGAAUCUUCUGAACUGCUGAUUCACCAGAGGAUUCACACAGGGGAGAAACCCUUCAAGUGCGAGGUGUGCAAGAAAUCAUUCUCACAAUCAUCGAGUCUGCACACACACCAACGCAUUCACACAGGGGAGAAGCCAUUCACAUGUGAGCUGUGCCACAAAUCCUUCCCCUACUCUUCGAGCCUCCGGGUACAUAUCCGCAGUCACACAGGGGAGAGACCUUUCAGGUGUGAGAUGUGCGACAAAUCAUUCUCUCACUUAAUGAGUCUCCGUGUACACCAAUGUAUUCAUACAAGGGAGAAGCGCUUCACUGGGGAUGUUUGUGAGAAAGCCUUCACACAGUUACAAAGCAUCCUGCAGCAUCAGACAAUCCAUGCAGGGGAGAAACCUUUCAAGUGUGAGGUGUGUGGUGGAGCCUUCACACAGUCAUCGAUACUUGUGAAUCAUCGAUGUAUUCACACUGGGCAGAAGCCAUUCAAAUGUAAGAUGUGUAACAAAUCAUUCUCCCGGUCAUCAGCAUUCCUUGUGCACCAAUACAUUCAUACAGGGGAGAAACCAUUCACGUGCAAGGUGUGUGUCAAAUCAUUCUCCAAUUCAUCCACUCUCCGUUUACACCAACGCAUUCACACUGGGGAGAAACCGUUCACCUGUAAGUUGUGUGUCAAAUCAUUCUUUGACUCAUCCCAUCUUCGCAGACACCAACGAAUUCACACAGGCGAGAAACCAUUCAGGUGUGAGGUGUGUGAGAAAUCAUUCUCGUGGUCAGCUGCUCUCCGUAAACACCAACGCAUUCACACAGGAGAGAAACCAUUCACUUGUGAGGUGUGUGACAAAUCAUUCUCAGCCUCAUCGGACCUCCUGGUCCAUCAGAGGAUUCACACAGGAGAGAAACCUUUCAAGUGUGAGGUGUGUGGCAAAGCUUUCUCGGAGUCAUCGAACCUCCACGUUCAUCAACGCAUUCACACGGGGGAGAAACCAUUCAAAUGUGAGGUGUGUAACAAAUCAUUCUCAAGGUCAUCGACCCUCCAAGCACACCAAAGUGUUCACACGGGCGAAAGACCAUUCACUUGCAAGGUGUGCGACAAAUCAUUCUCGAGAUCAUCAACCCUCCGUGGACACCGACAGAUUCACACAGGUGAGAAGCGAUUUACCUGUGAGGUGUGUGACAAGUCAUUCUUUCAUUCAUCCCAUCUCCUCAGACACCAACGUACUCACACAGGGGAGAAACCAUUCACGUGCAACGUGUGUAACAAAUCAUUCUCAAGGUCAUCGACCCUUCUGCUCCAUCAGAGGAUUCACACAGGGGAGAAAGCAUUCACGUGCAAGAUGUGUGACAAAUCAUUUUUGAAUUCUUCAACACUCAGCACACACCAAUGCAUUCGCACAGGAGAAACCAGUCAAGUGGAAGAUUUAAGGAUUGUGCUGUACUACACCAGAGAAUACAGAGAGGAUAGAUAUCACAGACAGAUCCUGACCAUCACCCAAGGAACAACUGCACAACUGUGGGAAGACAUCCAGCCCUUUGCAGCAUUGCUCAACACAGAGAAGGUGCAUCUGUUGUAUCACAAGAGAACCAACAUGGAAAGGAAACAAUUCACAUGCGAGGUGUGCAACAAAUCAUUCUCACGAUCAUGGAAUCUCCAUGUACACCAACGGAUUCACACAGGGCAGAAACCAUUCACGUGUAAGGUGUGUGACAAAUUAUUCUCGCAGUCAUCGGCUCUCCAUACACACCAACGCAUUCAUGAAGGGGAGAAGCCAUUCAAAUGCGAGGUGUGUGACAAAACAUUCACACAUUUUUCAAACCUUUGUAGCCACCAACGCAUCCACACUGGGGAGAAACCAUUCACAUGCAAGGUGUGUGAUAGAUCAUUCUCAAAGUCGUCUCACCUCCACGUUCACCAACGCAUUCACACAGGGGAGAAACCAUUCACAUGUGAGGUGUGUGACAAAUCAUUUUCGCAGUCAUCAAUUCUUCGUGCACAUCAACACAUUCACACAGGGAAGAAACUAUUCACAUGCACAGUGUGUGACAAAGCCUUUACACAGUCAUCAAACCUCAUGGUCCAUCAGACAGUCCACACAGGGGAGAAACCCUUCAAAUGUGAAGUUUGUGACAAAGCUUUUGCCACAUCCACAAGGCUCCUGACACACCAGAGGUUUCACACGGGUGAGAAACCCUUUAAGUGUGAUCUUUGUGAGAAGGCUUUCACCCAAUCUUCUGACCUCCUGAUGCACCAAAGGAUUCACACAGGGGAGAAGCCCUUCAAGUGUGAGGUGUGUAGCCAAGCCUUCAGACGGCCAUCAAUGCUCAGGCAACACCAACACGUUCACACUGGAGAGAAACCUUCCGUGCAUGAAUUGUGUGACAAAUCAUUCACCACAAUCAUCUUAUUUUAGCCUGCACCAAGGCAAUCAAGCACAGACAAAACUGUUCACAUGCAACAUUUGAGAGAAAUCAUUUUUGCAGUCAUUGAACCUCUGAACACGCAGGGGAAACCAUGCAUGUGUGGGGUGUGUAACAGUUAUUGGGCUGGUUUACAUCCUUAUUCAAACAAAAAUAGCCUUUGAAGUGUGAGAUAUGAAUGAGCCUGAAACACAGCCACCCUGGUCAUGGAAUAUUGAUGCCUCUACACCGCAGAGGAGUGAGCUGAGCAGUGAAGACUUUGCAAAGCCUCAGGCCCAAUGAAACAAUGGGGAGUAGGUGAUCAUGUGUGAGGUAUGUGUGAGCUACACGAUGAAACCUUCACCUACCUAUUGAAGCUCCUGGUCCAUCAGACAAUCCCCACAGGAUUUGAUUUGCAAGUGUGUGAGAUAAAGUUUUCCUGAAGUCUUCAAAUGUGUGAGUGGAGCUGUACAGGAGAAAAGACAUUUCAGUGUGACCUCUUCAUCCUCCUACCCGCCCACAGCCUCUUCAUCUCCAACAGCUGCCAUGACAUCAAUUGCUUGAAUCUCUCCACCCCUCUCACUCACUCCAAUCUCUCCCCAUUGGAAUGCACAGCCCUCCGUUUCCUUCGCUCCUACCCCCAGCCUCACUGUUAAACCUGCUGACGGGGUGGGAGGGUGGCACGGUGGUAGUAUAGUGAACUGACCUCUACAUCACUGAGGCCAGACACCAAUUCUCUGAUGCCUUCUCCGACCAUCCUACCGUCCCCUUGAUCACAGCCCCAUCUCUGAUCACCAAGCCAUCAUCUCCCAGACCAUCAACAACCUCAUCACCUUGGAAGAUCUCCCAUCCACAGCCUCCAACCUGAUAUUUCACCAAACCUGCACCACCUAUUUCUAUCCCCUACCCAAGAUCUAUAAACCCAACCAAUAGGUCUACCUAUUGUCUCUGCCUGCUCCUGCCCACCGAGCUCAUCUCCUCCCACUGCGACUCCGUUCUUUCCCCUUUGGUCCAGGAACUCCCCACCUGUGUUCGGGACACAACCCACACGCUCCACCUUUUCCAAAACUUUCAAUUUCCUGGCCCCCCAACCCCUCAUCUUCGUUAUGGACAUUCAGACCUGCAUCCCCCACAAGGAUGGCCUAAAAGCCCUCCACUUCUUCCUCUCCUGUAGGCCCACCCAGUCCCCCUCCACCGAUUCUGUUUGGGUAGGCAAACUGGUCCUCACCCUCAACAAUUUGAUUCUUCCCACUUCCUACAAACCAAAGGGGUGGUUAAGGGCAUCCACAUGGGCCUGAGCUAUGCCUCCCUUUUUGUAGGAUUUGUGGAACAGACCUUCUUCCUCAAUUACACUGGCACCAUCCCCCACCUCUUUCUCCGCUAUAUUGAUGACUGUAUUGGUGCUGCCUCGUGCUCCUGCAAAGAGCUCGAACAGGUCAUCAACUUCUCCAACACCUUCCACUGCACCCUCAAAUUCACCUGGAUCAUUUCUGACACCUCCCUUCCCUUCCUGGGCCUCUCCAUCUCCAUCUCUGGUAACCAGCUCACCACUGAUAUCCAUUUCAAACCCAGUGACUCCCACAAUUACUUUGACUACACUUCCUCUCACCUACCCUCCUGCAAAAAUUCUAUCCCAUACUCUCAAUUCCUCCAUCUCCGCCGCAUCUGCUCCCAGGACAAGGCGUUCUACUCUAGGACUUUCCAGAUAUCCUCCUACUUUAGAGACUGUUGUUUCCCCUCCUCUGUUAUUAAGGAUGCCCUCAACCGCAUCUCCCCCAUUUCCCAUGCUUUUUGCCCUCAAACCCUCUCCCCCCAACAGAAUAAGGAUAGAGUCCCCUUAGUCCUCACAUACCACUCCACCAGCCUCUGAAUACAACACAUAAUCCUGUGACAUUUCUGCCAACUACAAUCAGACCCUACCACCAAAAAGAUAUUUCCCUUCCCACCUGUGUCCGCUUUCCACAGGGACCGUUCACUCCAUGACACCCUCGUCAGCUCCAUACUCCCCACCAACCUCUCCAUCACCCCUGGCACCUUUCCCUGCAACUGCAGGAGGUGCUACACCUGCCCCUACACCUCCCCUCUCACCUCUGUCCAAGGCCCUAAACAAUCCUUCCAGAUCUAGUAGAGAUUCACCUGCACUUCAUCUAACCUCAUCUACUGUAUCCGUUGCUCCCGAUGUGGUCUCCUGUAUAAAUGGGAGACCUAAUACAGACUCAGGGACCAGCAUCUGUGUUCUGCAUGCACCCAACUUCCAGUUGCCAUCCAUUUUAACUUCCCCUCCCACUCCCCUAGUGACAUAUCGAGUCUUGGCCUGCUCCACUAUCAGAGUGAGGUCAAACGUAAACUGGAGGAAAAACACCUCAUAUUUCGCCUUGGGAGCUUACAGUCCAAUGUCCUAAACAUUGACUUCACCAGCUUCAAAAUCUCCCCUCCCCAACGUGUCCAUCUUCCAACUCACCUAUCCACUCCAGUUCCAAAUUUAUUGAUUUCAGUGUGAGGUGUGUGACACCCUCACUCUCCCCCUCUCCCAUUUAAUCACUCCAUCCCUCUCCCUCCAACACACAAUCCCACUGUUUCUUGCUCUCUUUCAGUCACAGUUGAGCCACUUCUUUCAGUCAAUGGGCUGUAACGUACCCUCCCACCUCUAGAUGCACUGAGUCUGGAAGGCUUCUUCACUGUUAGAAAGUGAGUUGAAAUACAGAUGAGUAAAUAAGAAAAGCAAAGAAGUACUGUGAAACAAGCGAGUAGCUAACAUAAAAGGAAAUCACAGUCUUCUAUGGGUCUAUAAACAGAGAACAGUUAAAGGAGGAGUAGGGCAGAUCAGAGGCCGAAAGUGGGAUUUUCACAUGUAGGCGGGGAGCAUUGUUGUGAUGUUAAAUGAAUAAUUUGCAUCUGUUUUUUUUUAAACAAAGGAGAAGGAUGUUGCCCAGGUCAUGGUGACAGAGCAAGAAACUCUUCCACUGGAAGAGUUUAAAGUUAAUAAGGAUGAAGUCUUGGCAUUCAAAGUUGACAAGACUCUGGGACCAGAUGAGACGCAUCGAAGGAUUUUGAAGGAAGUGAGAGUAGAAAUUGCAGAGCCUCUGGCUGUCAUUUUUCAAUUUUCCGUGGACUCAGGGAAGUUGUCAGAAGGCUGCAGGAUUGCAAACAUUACAUCUUUGUCCAAAGUUGUAAGGAUAAUCCUAGCAAUUAUAGAUCAGUCAAUUCGGGUGGCAUGGUGGCACAGUGGUUAGCACUGCUGCCUCCCAGCACCAGGGACCUGGGUUCAAUUCCACCCUUGGGUGCCUGUCUGUGUGGAGUUUACACAUUGUUCCUGUGCCUGUGUGGGUUUCCUCUGGCUGUUACGGCUUCCUCCACAGUCCAAAGGUAUGCAGGCUAGGUGGAUUGGCCAUGCUAAAUUGCCUGUAGAGUUCAGGGAUGUGUAGAUUAGGUGGCUUAUGGGGGAUGGGUCUGGGUGGGAUGCUCUGUGGUUUCGUGUGAACUUGUUGGGCUGAUGGGCCUGUUUCCACACUGUAGGGGUUCUAUUCUAUUCUCAAGUCUGUGUGUGUCUCCUGGUACUCACACAGGGGAGGAACCUUAUCAGUGUGAAGUCUGUGAUAAAGCCUUUGCUAUGUUGUUGAACUUCUUGAAAUAUCAGUGAACCCACCGGAGAUAAACCCUUCCAGUGUGAUGUGUGCCAGGAUUGUUUCACUACCUACUCCUCUCUCACCAAAUACUGAUGUCUCCACAUGGACCUGGAGUUAGGCUACCUGCUUUCAUUGCACUGAGAGCUGCCUGUGCUGUUUACCCUCCAGUGCUCACAGAAGGAAACUGUCUGUCUCAGCAGGGUCUGUCUCAAACCUCUCCCAGCAUCAACCCAAAUGUUUCAAGAAGGUUAAUUUAAUCUUUGACCAGAUCUCCAAACAUCACCAAAAGAAGACAUCAAUAUAUGUAGAAUCUCCAGUAUAAACUCAGCAUCCUUCCAAUGCAGCAUCAGAUACAAGUCACUCUCUGACACUCAUUCUGACCAAGAAGACAAUCAGAUACUCAUUGGUUAGAAAGGCUUCAGCUUCUGAUCGACCAACACAAGCUCCUGGGAGAAGAGCCAUUCCUGGGGUAGUAAUGGAGGUAUUUCAAUUAGCCUCAGUUUCUCUGGUCUAUGGGUGGAGAAUCAGCCAGGAAUCCUAUUCCUCACCACUGAGUCUAACUGGUAAGUUUGGGGGGAAGAAGGGAGGGGUGGCGUGGGGGCAGAAGUCUCGCUGUGACAGUGUCCAUUGUCUCACAACAUUCACUGUCUGGCUCUCCACAUGCUGAACAGCCACUCAAACAGAGCAGUAGAGGCCAAUCAAUGUCCAGGUCAAUACCCUGAGGUUUGGAGGGAAUAUGAAAUGGGAAAGUGGGCAUCAGCCCAACAACUACAAAUUAUAUUUCUACAGCACCUUUAAUGUAGUAAAACAUCCCAAGUGUAUAGACACAAUCAGGUAAACAUUACCACUGAGACAAAGGAAGAUUAGGAGGAAAUGUCACUGGAUCUCUAGGAGGAUUUCCUCAGGAAGAAGGUCAUUCAAGAGAAUGUAUGUCAGGAUUUUCCUGCUGUGAACAAGAGGGAAACUCCUCAUUAGUUUCUGCAGGGUGAUUUAUAUCCUUCCUGAAAAUAGUUACAAUUGUCCCAUUCCUGAACUUGGGAAAGUUGUUUUUCUUCCCAAAUCUGUGGGAUGAGUUCAUGGAGCCAUGCUGCAAGGAAACAGUCUCCCAAUUCAGUCGCCCUCAGCUGGAAUACCAUCAGGACUGCAGGCUGCAUUGGUUCUCCUCUUUUGGUUGCUCAUUGUCGCUUUCCCAGCAAUGGUGACUCACCCAUGGAUUCUACCAUAGGACACUGGGGGACAGACAGAGGGUAACAGGUGCCCUUGGAUUCAUGGUUGACAAGUUUUUCAAAAUGUUCUCUCCCUCGUUAAUGGAUGUUUUGGGCUGAUUUUCUUCCUCUUGGCCUUGUGAUGUCUUGGAGCUGGGUGGAUGUUCAUCACUGAUUGGGCAAGUCGAUGAUCUGUCCAGCAGCACCAGGCCCCCACAUGGAUCAAGUGAUACAGACAUCACUUAGAACAUUUACUUAGGUUUAGACCUUACAGAGGAACCUCCAAUUUGUUACCAGAAAAAUUAAAAAAAAUUGAGAACACCAGGAAUUCUUCAUUACAUUAAUAAAUGUAACCCAAUGAUGUCAUCCUCAAUUGAGUGUCAUCUGAUGAGGAGGAGGUGGGGGAUAAUGAAAUGUUUGGUCAAAGAUGUGGGAUUUCAGGAGGGUGGGAAUUGACUUAGUAUAUCAAUAGGCUCUGUGGAUUGUGAUCCAAUGAUUUGGAUGAUCUGAGAAACUGCCAUCUAACCUUGCAAGUGCUCCCUGAUGAUAUGACUGUGACUGUCAUGAGUGGAAAAUCUGAAACAGAAACCUUCAAAAUCCAGACUGGUGUCAAACAAGGCUGUGUGAUAGCCCUCAUUCUAUUUACAAUCUACCCGACAGUAAGUAUUCACCUCAUCAAAGAUCAGCUGCCAUUGGUGUCAGUAUUAAAAACUGUCUCAAUGUGAAACUCUAAGUGCCCUCCAAAAACUAAACUGACCACCAUAGAUACACGUGACCUACAGUUUGCAAAUAACUACAGCGUUGCUGUUCAUUCUGCAUCUCUUCAAGUCUCCACACAACAAACAUGGCCAGUCCUUGAAUGCUGCCAAAAUAAAACUCCCAUCAAACAAAUUUCCUAUCAACUCACAUCUGCUCAGCCAGAUAGUCCCCCUCCGAUUUAUGUUUAAGUAGGGACUCCAGCAUAUGUUGAACACUUCUCAGAAAACAACAGCCACCUCUCUCAAAAGGCUGCCUUUGACAAGAAGAUCCAGCACUGGAUCAGCCGUGUCAGUUCAGACCUAAAAAUACAGCAGUGAGGGUUUAACUGCAGUACUCUGGACUGCAGAGGAUAAUGAGAGUGGCUCACUACAGUUGGUGAUGAGCAAUAAAGGCUGGUUUUGCCAAUAAUGCUCUCUUCGAAAGAAAUAAUAAAAACACAGAGUAAGAGCUCAGUAAGUAAACAACAAUUUGAGUGUUCAAAGCUGCUGAUUUUAUCAUACAUUUGUACUUCAGAGUAUUGGACUGUGUAACAUUGGCCCAUUAGGGCACUGGAGAAAUCCCAUUAUUUGUCUCACUGCUGCAUCCUCCUGACUCAAAUGCUAACAUCCUACUUAUAGCCAAAUAUUACAGACAAAAUUCUUCAAAAUCAACUUUGAUAGAAUGGCCACUGUCACUGUUGGGAUGAAAAUCUGUCUGCCCCAUUAGGGGCAUUUGUUCUCUCAAAUGGCCAGCAUUCAGAUGAGGUAAGAGAAAAUGAUGCAAAGACACUCUGAGGCUCUCUUUGAUUCAUGACCUUAACGACUGGGAGGAGCUUGCUACCAAACAUUCAGAAUAGUUUGUCCAUCAAACUUUGACUCCCAGUGCCUUAAAUGAUCAUGCAGAGAGGAAAGUGAAGAAAAUCCUACCCUCUGGAUCCCACUAUCCUGUGGGACAUCCUGCCCCACGUGCCCUAGGUUGACAAUCAGCUGAUCAGUCAUAUGAAGACAUGCAGAAACCUGUGACCCUGAGUGUACAUCAUCCUCAAUUGAGGGACAUCUGAUGAAGCAGAAUGAAAUGUUCUGUCACAGAGGUGGGAUGUAAGAAGGGUGUAAAUUGGGAAGAGAGAAAGAUGCAGAGAGAUUUAAAGAAGGAAUUCAUGAGCAUGAUUCCGGUUGGCUGAAGGCACAGCCAUCAAUGGAGAAGUUAAGAUAUGGGGCGUGGCUGUGUAAAAGAACUGAAUUGGAGGAGCACAAAAGUCUUGGAGGAAAAUGAGGCAGAAGGUGUCAGAGAUAAGGAGGAUGUGAGGCCAUGGAGCAAGUUGUACAUGGGUCUGAGAAUUUUAAGUUAGAAACACUGGGGACUGAGAACCAGUUAAAGUCAGUAAGCACAGGGACGAUAGGUGUGUGAGUUAAUCUACAGAAAGCAGAGUUUUCAUUGAGCUGAAGUUUAUGGAGGGUAGAAGAUGAGAGGUUGAACAGUAGAGCUUUGGAAUGGGCUGGGCCAGCCUAGAAACAACAGCAUGGUUGGGCUAAUCUGGGAGUGUUGGAAAUGGGUGAUGUUACAAAGAGAGAAGGUGAUUUUUGUGAUGGAGAGGGUAUGCAGUCAGAAACUCGGCUGAUGGUUGAAGAAAAUGACACCAAUUGUUGUUGAAGUUGAGAGUGGAGAGAGCAAUCAAGAGGAAUUUAAGGAAUGUAGGAACUGGAAGAAUCCCUUGAAUUCAAUACACCAUUCAAUUAGAUCAUGGCUGAUCAGCAUCUUAAAUCUGCCUACUGCCUUGUCGCUGUAACUCUUAAUCCCCUGGCCUAACAAUAAACCUAUUAGUCUCAGUUUUGAAAUUUUCAAUUGACCUCCAGCUUCAACAGAUUUUUGAGGGGAGAGAGAUCCAGAUUUCCAGUCCACAUUUUUGUGAAAAAGUGUUUGCUGACAUCACCAUGAGCAUUGACUCAAGACACAGUUUUCCAAUUAUUAACUUCUUAAAUUCUUCUGCAGGGCAAUCAUUUAUCUUCGUGGCAUAAGGCAGCCAGUUAUCAAGCAGUUGUUUAAACAAUUUUGUUCAUGUAGCUUUGACUCCCUCUUCUCCCAGGCAUGGCUAAUUCCUUUCAAUCUCUGUAUAACAGUCUGUCCUUGUCCCUUAACAGUAUAUUCCAGACAGCGUUAAUGCUCUUCUUUCAACCUGUGAACAGUUAUUAAAGUUCUGAAGUUUAUAGUAUCACACCAUGAAAAAUGUUUUGUACUUUCCUGUCUGGGAGGACUAUUAUCCUGAGUAUAGCGAGCGAGUGGUGUAGAGUGUCUACUGAGUUCCCUCAGCCCAUACCUUGAUUUAACAACAGUGUGAUAUGUUCACCUUACACCCUUUCAAGAUUCAUUUCAUGUUCUGGGAAAGAUCUUGAAUCAUUUUCAAAUAUUUUGUUGUUUUAGUUGAUUGGGUGUUUGAUGUAAGCUGAAUAUUGGGCUGUUUGUCUGUUGUUUUAACAAUCUUCUGUAUAUACUUAUCAAUUACAAUAAAUUCAUUAUAUCUUAA